GCUAAGUUCAGCGGCCACCAUCAAAGUUGAUGAGGUGGGAGAUCAGAUCAAAAUCUUGCAUUGACCACUUUUUGAUGAGGUGGGAGGUUAGAUCAAAAUCUUGCCUUCCGUCAUUGACUACAAAAUGUGACAAGCUACUUCAAGUGGUUUCCAGACGAGUGCACUCGUUUGAACCGCUAGGGAUGGAUUUGAGAAACUUGGGAAUGGAUAUUGGAGGCAUGGGCUUUGGAAUUGACAAUCCGAUAUUGUCAACCAUCCAAGACAUGCUAGAGUUGAGCGAGGAGCAUGACAAGGGAAACCAAAACAAUCCCUCCAGAGCCUAUGUCCGAGAUGCAAAGGCAAUGGCAAGAACACCAGCUGAUAUCAAAGAAUAUCCAGAUUCCUACGCGUUGGUGGUGGAUAUGCCAGGCAUCAAAGCCAACGAGAUCAAGGUGCAGGUUGAGGACGACAAUGUGCUGGUGGUGAGCGGAGAAAGAAAGAGAGAGAAAGAGGAGGGGGUCAAGUAUUUGAAGAUGGAGAGGCGAGGUGGCAAGUCCAUGAGGAAGUUUGUGCUGCCUGAAAAUGCUAAUCUUGAUGCCAUUUCUGCUGUCUCCCGAGAUGGGGUGCUGACUGUUACUGUUCAGAAAUUUCCCCCACCCCAGGCCAAGAAGCACAAGACAAUUGAGGUCAAAGCCGGUUGAGUUUAACUUGCCUGCCAUUGAUUCCUUCAGGACCGCAGUUUCAGAUGUUUUUCGUUCGUACUACUGAAUUUCCGUUUUCUUGAGUUGGAUUUGGACCUGUUCUUCAUCAUCAUCAUCUUCUUCUUCUUUGUGUACAAGUCUGCAUGUGUGUGUUUUUCUUCCCUUGGUGUAAGACAUAUAUCUAUGCGAGUUUAACGAGCAAUGAA